GGUACCCCCGCGUAAACACUUACUCACCGAGGUGACGGUUGUGCUUUCUGCUGUGGAGUGGAGAAACGCCGCGGUUCGCAGUGUUUCUACUGAAAAUGCGUGAUAGGAGCAGGACGCGAGGCAGCGAGGGAAGCUAUGGCAUUACCGUCGGGGGUGGAUAAAAGGAAAAGGGGAGGCACCUUAGCAGAAAGGAGCAGGCAGGUCACACACUACGGCGUCAAGUUGGCGUUCAUAACACCGCGUUACACUUUAAGACAUAUAGUCAGGCGGAGGAGUCGUCAGCAGCAGCAACAACAGCCGCAGCUCUCGGCUACGUUACAGCUACGCGGUGGUGUCACGUACCGACUGACCGAGCGAGUGAGGUGAGCUGCGACUCUCCCUCUUUGUCUCACUGUGCACCUGCAUGUACUGUGAGCAGUCCCGACCCGUUGGAGAGGUGCUGUGCUCGGUCACUGUGCUGCACUGCAGGAACCCAUGGCUUCCGGCCUGCCGACUCCCCUCUUAGGCUGCAGGCUCAGGCUGUUGGAGUUUGUAACUGGGGCUGUGCUGCUGAUGCUGGUGUCCGGUAUUGGGCCAACGUUUUGUCAGAACAUAUACACCAACACAUGGGCUGUGCACAUACCUGGAGGUCAGGAGGAAGCAGACCGUGUUGCUGAAAAACAUGGCUUCAUCAAUUACGGACAUGUGUUCAGUGAUUAUUACCAUUUCCGUCAUCGCACAGUGGCAAAGAGAUCCUUGUCAGAUCACCGGGGGACAAAAGUUCGUCUACUAAGAGAUCCCAUGGUUUCUUGGGCAGAGCAGCAGGUUGUCAAACGAAGAAUUAAAAGGGAUCUCUUUAAUGAACCUUUAGAUCCCAAGUUCAAAGACCAGUGGUACCUUUCCAACAGCAACCACCGGGACUUGAAUGCCAAGGCUGCUUGGCAGCAGGGCUACACAGGCAAAGGUGUGGUGGUGUCCAUUCUGGAUGAUGGAAUCGAGAAAAACCAUCCUGACUUGAUGCAGAACUAUGACCCGGAUGCUAGCUAUGACGUGAAUGAUGGUGAUCCAGAUCCUCAGCCUCGAUACACACAGCUCAAUGACAACAGGCAUGGAACACGAUGUGCAGGAGAAGUGGCAGCAGCGGCCAGUAAUGGCAUCUGUGGGGUUGGGGUGGCCUACAAUGCAAAGAUUGGAGGUGUGCGUAUGCUGGAUGGCGAAGUGACGGACAUGGUGGAAGCCCAGUCUCUCAGUCUAAAUCCUCAGCACAUCCACAUCUACAGUGCAAGCUGGGGCCCGGAGGACGAUGGCAAAACGGUUGAUGGGCCUGCCAAACUUGCCAAAGAAGCCUUUUUGCGUGGAGUCACAGAGGGUCGUGGCGGUUUGGGCUCCAUCUUUGUUUGGGCAUCAGGGAACGGAGGACGGGAGAAGGACAGCUGCAACUGUGAUGGCUACACCAACAGCAUCUACACCCUCUCCAUCAGCAGCUCCACACAGAAUGGCAAUGUCCCCUGGUACAGCGAGGCCUGCUCCUCCACCCUCGCAACCACUUACAGCUCAGGCAACAUCAAUGAGAAACAGAUAGUGACUACAGACCUAAAAUCCAAGUGCACAGACUCUCACACUGGCACGUCUGCAUCCGCCCCUCUGGCUGCAGGGAUCAUUGCCCUCGCCCUUGAAGCCAAUCAAAACCUGACUUGGAGAGACAUGCAACAUCUGGUUGUGCAAACGUCUCAUCCUGCUCACCUGCUUGCUAAUGACUGGAGAACCAAUGGUGUCGGGCGUAAAGUUAGCCAUUCAUAUGGGUAUGGACUUCUUGAUGCUGGUGCAAUUGUAUCACUUGCAAAGAACUGGACCAAUGUAAAGCCACAGCGAAAAUGCGUGAUCACCAUGCUUAGUGAGCCAAGGAACAUUGGCAACCAUUUAUAUAUUAACAAGAGUGUGGACGCUUGCAUUGGAUCAGACAGUUACGUGACCUCGCUAGAGCAUGUCCAAGCCCGGCUCACCCUGUCCUACAACCGAAGGGGCAACUUGGCCAUUCAUCUCAUCAGUCCUGCUGGCACUCGCUCCACCCUUCUCCACCCCAGGCCUCAUGAUUACUCAUCAGAGGGUUUUAAUGACUGGGCUUUCAUGACCACCCACUCCUGGGACGAGAACCCCACAGGAACGUGGAGGCUGGAGAUUGAAAACGUCGUUGGUGCAAGUGACUACGGCACUCUGACCCAGUUUGUCCUGGUGCUGUAUGGCACUGGCACUCCAACCACCAGCUCUACUCAUGAUCCACAGUCUACCAAUGACAACUGCAAGACCUUGGACUUGAGGCAGAUAUGCAUCGAGUGCAAUCCAGGGUUCUACCUCUAUCAGCAGGGCUGUGUCAAAGAAUGUCCAGCAGGCUUUGCGAUGGGCUCCCAGCCUCUCAACUACACUCUGGAAAACUUCAUCAAACCUGUUUCCGUCCCAGCCUGCCUGCCCUGCACGCCGCCCUGCCUCACCUGCAGCAGCCUCAACCCUCAGGUCUGCCUGUCCUGCCCCCCUCACAACUCCUUAGAGCCCGUCACUGGUACCUGCCUGCACCUCAGCCACUCGAUGCGCGAGUCUCCCGGCAGCUUCACAGUCGGACAGGGGACCCCGACGUCGCAGCUCAGCCAGAUCUCGGGGCUGCCCAUCACGAUCGCUGUGUUCAGCUGCAUGGCCAUAAUCGGCACCUUUGCUGGCAUCUUCCUCUUGCUGCAGCUGCGGUCGGGCGCUCUCAUUAAGCUGCCGUCUCUUGAAGCUGGGGGUGGUUUUGGAGGCAAAUUCAGCUUAGGAGGGAAUAGGGUAGUGUCUUACCGCGGCAUCCCGACAGUGUGGGGGGAUGAAGGGUUGAACACUGACUCUGACAACGAAGAGUUUGAUGUCCAAAAUGAGAGAACUGCCUUUAUCAGAACACAAAGUGCUCUUUAAUGCCUCCCUUCGUCCCUCCCUCUCUCCUGCUUUUGAAAAUCCUCUCACCCUCAUUUGUCUGAUGAUUCAGGGCUUUGGAAUCUGUCCUCUUUUUGUAACUUUUUGUUUUUUUUUAAAUCUUUUUUCCCCCCUAUUAUAUCAGAUCUUCUCUGUGUCCCAUUUGGGGAUCUGCUCCUCAACCUUGCUACGGAAAACCUAAUGGGAAGCCGCUGUCUGCCAGAGAUAGGGAUGGCUUGAGCUUUGCUUUGUUCACACUAGGGUGCAUUUCUAUUUACAUUAAGUGGCUAUUUACUUCCCUUUGCCCCAAGUCACUCAUGUCUGCAUAGAGUCCAUUUUCCUGCCAGAUUCAGUUUCUUUUGUCAGUAAGCAAAUUAUUUCUUUUUUCUACUUUAACCCUCCUUCCAUUAGUCUCUGUGCAGUAGCCAGAUGAGAUUGUUGAAUGUGAGCAUUUGGAGUGUGAGCAUUUUUGUGUACAUAUCAGAAUAAAUGCCAUCGCUUGAAGAAAAAAAUACUCGGGCGUCAAGUCCCAACGACCAUUGAAAUAUCUAGAGCCCUCUACAGCAGAGCUAAGGUUUAGUGUUUUAACCCAAAGUUCUUUCAAAAUAAAAUUUGUAAUGAGCUUAUGCAGUUCAACAGAAAGUAUUUCUUCUCAAUUUAUAAAUGAAUAACCAGGGAAUCUGCAUUCCGCAUGGAAAACCAUGAUGUAACUCUCAUCAGGUUUUUUUAAAAGAAAUGAAAGAUCCACAAAUUAAAAGUCUACAGAUGGACGACUUCAUCCCCAGUCAAAACUAGGAUCUGGCCGUCUGUCUUUUUUCAUUUUAUAACAGGACAGUAUUUAAACUCAGUCUUGUUUUAAAAGUGGGGACAGUACAUUUUCUGUCAUGCACGCAGUCUGCUCGGGCACAUUAAACUCAAAGCUCCCCUCUUCAUGUUGGAAUUCACCUUUAAUCCAACAAACCUUUAGUUUCAUCGAGGUCUAAAUUCUCAUGUGCGUAUUACUUCUGAACCAACACAGGAAAAUGUAUCUGAAAGUGAACGACAAAGGACUGAACGAUCACACUCGCAUACACAUUUCUUGGUCAACCCCGAGGCAUAAGCCUUCCAGGGAUGUUUAAUGUCAGCGUCUGAUGUUCUCACAUCCUGAGGUUGAGACGGGAAGCAGCUAAGAUUCAGGCGUGUGUGUGUUUUAAAUGAGCUGUGACUGAUUUCUUGACAGAAUGGACGUGGUAACGUUACAUGUAGGCUCUCUUUCUGUCACAGCACAUCAGCAUUAGAAACCUGCCUUGUGUCUUAAUGAGUCAGACACAGGUUGUGUGUAUUGGUUUGUUAGUUUGCUUGUUUAUUUUUCCUUCUGUGUGAAGGUUUUUUAUCCCAGGCUCUGCUCCUGUCAGAUCUCCAGCGUAGUUAAAAGAUCCCAUGUUGAGGCUUCCCAGCUCUCAAUGCCUCCUCACUUACCCUCCAGCUGAAUCUCCAGAUAAUCUCCUCAGCACACUUGGCAAUUAAACCCCAAAUGACACUGCUGCAAAUUCUUCUAAAAGAUUUUGAUCACAUGUGCAGGGAAUAGAUUGUUCUCUCUCUUCCUCUGCUAGUUAUCAUCUAAAAUAUUCUUCCACUGCUGCCACUUUUCUUUCACGGAUUUCUUUUCUUCUUCUGAGAUUUUCCUUUUAAUUUUGAGCACAAAAACGGCGGAGCUUGCUGAGAGAGGUUGUCAUGGUGAUGACGCGCAUAGAAGACUGCAGCUGCUCAUCCUUUUAUCUACCUCUCUUACAGCAAGUUUUCACUCAUCGUAGGGGAAAUGUUAAAUGAUUAUCGAGGUCAAGCUGUGUUUGGGGUUAAAUAGCUCCUUGGGAAAUUUUGGAGAAUCAACCCGCUGCAGUUCAGAAAGCUGCUGUGUGAGUUCUGUUCCCCAAAUCUCUGAAAUGUGCGAUCUACUAGGAGCAGCAUUAAUAUGAGGUCACAGCUGGCUUUCAAAACCAGCUAGUGGGUGAAAGACUCGUCCAUAGACCUUUCAGCAAAUAAUAAUCAAUCAUUCUAGUUGCUAAGAUUACAUAUAAUUGUUAGAUGCUUAUGCUCUAAAUCUGGAGCUUAAGGCUGCUUCAUUGAGUUGAGGCUUUCUUGCUCUUUGUGUUUUUGUCAGAGACAAUCAAUUUCCUUGUCUUCAGAGCAAAAAGGUGCAGAGGAGCACAAAAAAAUAGAAUUUAGCUGGUAAUUGAGCUGCUUUUGUGAAAGACGGCUGCGAAGGCUUUAUCCGUAAAUAUGCAUUAAAUGGAAUAGUCAAUUGCAACCUAUUCUGCAUGUAAAGAAAAGGCAAAGUGUAAUACAGUAAAACUGAUUCAUGACUGUCAAAGCAGUACCUUCAUUAAUCCCUCCUCAGAGGAAGGGAAACCCAUUCUUGUAGAUGCAGUUGAAGCGGUGAGCCGCAGAAACCGACGGCAGGUGAAGCAGCAUUUCCUGCAAUAGAAAGCGAUUCCUGUAUGAGGAUUUGGAGGAGAUGCCCUCAAGAGCAACAACUUUAUUGCAAUCAUCGUCUGCUGGAGGAGUUUGCUCACGCUCAUUAGUGCCCAUUUCCAUUGAAAUGUUGAUUGGUCUCAAUUUGAAGAGUUUUAAUUUAACUCCAGUCUCAAAACUUAAGCUACAAAAUCUUACAGACUUCAUAGCUAAGUGCGGUUGGUGUAAACAAAAGAUAAUGAGCUAAUGCAGCAACAAACUCGCCCCAAAUGUAUUUUCUUCUGAAGAGAAGCAAACAUGUCAACAUCAAGCACAUCAUCCUUUACUGUUUCUGGCUCCACGUAUGCUCCCAUAAAUGAGUUCUUGACGUUUUCACUGCAAGGUUAAUAAAUGAACUUCUUUGCAUUCACUUUAAAUUAAAUCCUGAAUGUAGACUUUAUUAAGUAGCUUGUGCUUCCAAAGCUGCACAAACCUUUAGCUCCAUCCUUACACUACGAGCACCUGAUAGAGUCCACACACAAAGAAGAAAAAAGUGCUCUAAUUGUGCCAGAAAGCAGCUCGCCUGUCAAAGGUCUGCUUUUUCUCCAAGUUUCUGAGCAGGGGACGCUGUGAUGUGGAGCUCAAUAUGACUCCUGUUUCCAACGCCAUCUGAAGUGAUGAACUUGAAGCUGGAUGUAGUUGAUUGCAGCAAUAUCUUUGGCAUAACCAAAGACAAUCAUUUUAAUGCUGUCUGUUUAGUGAUGGAGGAUGUUGCUUUCAGGUCGCCUCAGUCCAUCGUUUCCCUUUGCUCGUCUUCAAAGUGUUCCAUUGAAACCUAUGUCAUUUCUGCCUUUUUUUGAGUGUCUGCUGUGUGGGAGUGGGGGGAGUAGAAUGUAUCACCGUUACCUUAAGGGCUGAAUCAGAUCUGUGUGCAUCUGGGUGUGCACAUGCUUGCUAAAGUAGAAAUGAAACACUUUGAGAUGGAGGGCCUGUCAGCCCAGCAGGUUCAGUCAGCUCUGGUGAUCUCUUCUGGCCUCUUGGUGAGGCUCCUGACCUGUGGCUGCACAAAGUACCUUACAGAUUUGUGAACUAUGAUUAAUGUACAAAAAUGAAUAUCUUAAAUGGGACAUAACUCUAAAAUAAGGCCUAUUUUUGUACUAUAUGAAUGGUGCAGUGUAAUUUUCUUGUAAUUUAAAUAUUUUCUCUUGUUUUUCCUUUUUAUUUAAUUGAUGUCAAUUAUAGAUUCUACUAAAAAAAUAAAGAUCUAUGCAAAUUUAAAAGUGUUUGUAUUCAUUUGUGUGAAAAACAGUCAUGCCAAGAUUUAAUAAAGUGACAAAUUCUGAAA